UUCGGAUUCUUAGGAAUAUGGCAACACUGUACAGAUAGAAUAUUUCAAAAUGGCUCCCCCCAUCGAUCCGAAAUGUAUCAGAUUUAAUUUACCUUCUGUCUUUGACGAUGAAUUAAAUGAAAUACUGAAAGUAACUGCCAAGAAUAAAGUUUGUGUUGUGUCUGUAGUCGGAAGAAGUUCCCUUCAUGCUAACUGCUGCAAAACUGGACUUAUAGAUGAAGUUAUAGGAAGAAGCAUUUUUAAGAGUAAUAUGUGUGACAUGCCGAAAAUAAACACUGAUACCCAUUGCGAUAUCAGAGGAUAUUAUGAUCCAGAAAGCCAAGUAAUAUUUUUGCAUCUAACGGGUAUCUUCGACGCAAGUUAUUUAACACAGAUGUGUAAAAGUCUAGAAUCGGAUCUUUUAGAAAAGAGUUUCUUGGAGUUGUGGUGUGAUUUACAAUGCAAAUUUGCCAAAGCUCUUCUUUUAAUGUUCAGCAUUUCACACAUAAUAUUAAUUAGCCAUCCAACGGCGACAUUUGAUGUUAAUUAUAUAUAUCUUUUCAGGACUCUCGAUGUCAUAAGGCAGAAAGCAAUACCUAUAUUAACAGAACAACUACGAGGGUUUAAUAUAUCUAAUGAUUGGAUUCAGGCAGCCAGACCUUGCUCUCCUAGAGUACUUUUUCUCUUUCAGUCGUGCCCUCUUGAUAGUCAGAAGGAAGUGAAAUCGAAUGAUGUGUUUGGUAAUGUCAAGUCUAAGAAAAUUUCUCCUAUAAAGAAGUUAGAACAUGCAUUAGAAGAUCAAAUCUAUCGUAUUUUGAGGAAAAGUAGAGUUAUUACUAAUAUUAGUGGCAAUUCCUUAUUUGCUGUGCCUGCCAAUCAAGAAUUUGUUUACGUUUCCACAUCGCAACCGGUUAUAGAGGAUCCUGUUGGAUUUUUUAUAUCACAGCUGAGAGAUUUUUGUUCAAUUUCUAAAGAAUCUGAUACCUCCUCUUUAAGAUUAAAAAGCUAUGCACUGAGUCGUCGUGGAAGCAUGCAGAACGUCAAUGCUGUAGGAAACGGAAGUGGAAAACUGUCAUUUUUAUCGGAAGAAAGUACAAGCGAUCACAGUUUUCAUUCAUUCCUCUGGCAACACAUUCAAAUGGCUCUUACUAAAGGAUUUGACGAUAAUGUUGGACGUCAUCCAAUUCCUGCUUAUUUUGAAUUGCCAUCAGUAAAGACCUGGUUUGAAAUUUCCAAUAAAUUGUAUAAUUGGUUUUUAAGUGAGCCCAAAGAAUCGAGAAGUAGCUCCAUUCACAAUAGUCUGAGAACCGCAUUAGACAUCGACGUACGAUUUUCAGAAGGGGCACAUCGUGUCCUUGAAACAAAAGAAGAUGAUAGCAGUCGAUCUUUACCAAUUAUGCCUCAUUGCAGUCAGAUAAAAUUAAUUUCGGCCUGUGAUUGUGGCAGAAGACAAGCAAGUAGAGAUGAUCCUUUUACUAUCAAGGCAGCAAAUCACGAGUUUUAUGUGUCACUUCAUAAGGAUUGCUGUGGAGAUUUAGAAAGAAUUGAUUUUCGCAUUUUUCAAGCAGCCAUUACUGAUUCGCAAUCUGACGAUAUAACCAGUCUGAGUAAAUCAGAUGAUGAAGAUGAUAAAGAUAAAGAAAGUGGAAUAGAAACAAAUCAGACUGGAAGUACUUCGGGAGUAUCUUUAUCGUUUGGACAAACAGAAACUUCUGAUAAUUCACCAGGCGAAGAUGAUGAGCAUCAUUUAAGUCAGGAUCAAAAUGAAAAAGAUGAUGCAGACAGUGAAGUUAUUAUCAGUAUUGAUGAAGGAAGUGAUUUUAUUCCUGCAGUAAAAGCCGAAAAACCAUUAAUCCGUCAACCAUCCACUACUGAAUAUCUUCCAGGAAUGAUUAAUUCGGAGAGUCCUUCGGGAUUAUUACCAAAGUUCUCUUCUUGGUCACUGGUUUGUCUCGGACCGUCCAGUCUGUAUUCUCACAAUAUUGGGAUCCAGGACCAACCAGGUUUCAUUCCUGCUACAAACUUCCUUCUUCCUUGGGACGUCACCGUUAAGUUAGAACAACGAGAACGUUGGCCAACUCUUUGGGAAGGAAAGAGAUCCACAGGAUUGAAGGGCAAGAAAGGAGGGAAAGAUGGAUCACAGUUCACUGUGAAGAUAUUUAUUGGAGUGGAGUACGAAUGCCCGAGAGGCCAUCGCUUUAUGUGUUCUGGACCUGAUCGUGUAUUAAGAGCGACUAGUUCCGGACUCGUAAAAGAUAAUGCUAAUAAAGUUACUGGUAAUGAUAUGCCAUUAUAUUUUCCUUGUCCUUGCAGGUCAUCCAAACCGCAAAUUGCCCAACUAAUGAGAAUUCACGUUGUUACACCUAAAGCUCCGGUACAUGUUACUCUCAAUCCAAAAGUGCAGCCCGCUGCAUUACCGUGUCCCAUAUUUUAUCCGGGAAAUGCGGAACCGGUCAAGUUAUCCCAGUCGGCCUAUUGGGUUCUUAGAUUACCUUUUGUUUAUCAAGGAGAACAACAUUCUUACUUACCGCCAAAAGAUGCCGUUUCUGUGGAAGCCUGUCGUUUGUUAAAGGGAACUUAUAAUAUUGCUGAACAGGUUCAGUCUAUGAGAUAAGAUGUAUUAUUAAUGAAAUAUUUCAUUUUGUAAAUAUUUUGUCAAUAAUUUUUAGUGAAUUGCUAAA